AUGAGCAAUAGAAACAACAACAACAUUGCUAGUGGGGGACGAACCUUUGCCUUUUCGGGCCCGGAUGCGAACCAAAAGCUGAUCCAAGCCGCCGACGAAUUCAGGGAAGCCACGGGCAGCCAAGAAGUCCGCGGAGUCUUCGUUGGUAGAACAAGGCGCCCGCCUCGAAGCGAGGAAGCCCUCGCGAGACAGCGCUUGACGUUUACCCCGCCAGCGCAUAGACUCCGUUUUCCCCGACAUGGGGAAGAUGCGGAUGGCAACCCCGUGACAUUCCGUACCAGAGAGGAAGCCACCGCUGCGUUCAACGCUAAUCCCUAUUAUCUGGGAGGCGACGACGAAGUGGAGGAUUUGAGCGGAGAGACCCGUUUCACAGAGGAAACGGUUAUCCCUGAUGCUCCUGAGGUAGCCAGCGAGGAGCCCCUGCAGCCACUUGAAGCGACUUGUCCCGUGGAAGCAGACAGUUCAGUUGCGCAAUGUGGCAACUGCGCCGCCUUCGGCCACAGGCUGGAUACGUGCAUCCGGGUCGCGCGAGACGGCCUAAUUCACGGUUGCAUUUAUUGCAACGUGGUAGAGCACAACACGCCUGCCUGCGUGAACUUCCCUCGGGAUCCCAAGUCGCAGGUCCAGGUUCUAGUCCACCAGCGCCAAGGCAUGCCGGCCUUGCAUGGCGCUGACUGGUUCGAACUCUUGUUUGCGAACUCCGACGACCUCCCGCAAGAGUACCCUUGGUCGCAAUCCUUUGCGAAAUGGGUCGAAAACGAGGACGAGUACCGGGAGGCAAGAGCCCGCAUGGACGCGGAUCCUACCUUUCGGGUGUACGAUCCAGCCAUGAGAACCAGAACCGCACAGCUUGUCUUGGGAGGACUUCGUGUCAGUCGGGAAUCACAGCGCCGCGCAGCUACUGCGCUCCAAGCAGACUCCGUCGGUCCCAGAGGUGGCCCCAGGCCCAGUCGGCUCCUACUGUCCAGGCCAAGUCAGGAAACCCACCCCCCAAGAAGAAGCAGGGGAAGAAGACGGAUGUCAGCAUCGUUUUUCCAGCCCUUUCUCGACAGUAGACGUCGUUUGACCAAUGCUGCAAUCUUGCGGUCUGGUCAAAGUGCCAAGCGCUGA